ACGUUUAUAUAGGUCACCUGACGUCAGACCUUGUCGGUAGUGUAAACGUGUGAGCAGAUUGUAUGUCGAAGUUGGAAGAGUGAAACAGAUAUGACAACUUGGAUAAGAGAGAGUGAACAGAGUUGGAUUCACAAGUUUUGUCAGGCUGUGCUUAAGACAGGUCCAAUUCCAAAACAUGUUGCAUUUAUAAUGGAUGGAAACCGCAGGUUUGCAAGUAAAAGAAGUAUCGAUAGGGCACAAGGACACCUCAUGGGAUUUGACAAACUAGCAGAGACAUUAGAAUGGUGCAAUAAUAUAGGAAUUUCAGAAGUCACAGUGUAUGCAUUCAGCAUUGAAAACUUUAAACGUUCCAAAGAGGAAGUUGAUGGGUUAAUGGAACUUGCCCGGCUUAAAUUUACUAAGCUUAUGGAAGAAAAAGAGUUACUUAAUAAACAUGGAGUCUGUAUCCGUGUCCUUGGCAACUUGUCUUUACUGCCACAUGAUAUUCAGCAGAUAGUUGCAGACGCAAUGAAUAUGACCAAAAAUAAUAACAGGGCAGUGUUGAAUGUGUGUUUUGCUUAUACAGCUCGAGAAGAAAUCUGCAGUGCAAUGAGGGAUAUAGCUGAGGGGGUUGAUCUCGGUCUGAUAAGAGAGAGUGAUAUAUCAGAGUCUGUUAUGGAGAAGUGUCUUUAUACAAGGAAGUCACCACACCCAGAUAUAUUGGUGAGGACCUCAGGAGAAGUCAGACUUAGUGAUUUUCUGCUGUGGCAGACUACCUAUUCUUGUUUGUCAUUUGUAAGAGUUCUUUGGCCAGAAUUUAGCAUUUGGCAUCUUUAUGCUGGAAUAUUACAGUACCAAAGAAACUACCAAGUUAUACAGAAUGCCAUUCAGGACAACAAAGUGAAACGAGAAAUGUCUCAACGUCAGUCAGAUGUAGAAUGUUGUAGAGUGGAACUUUUAAAAACUGAAGAAGAGAGCAUUACACAGCAUCAAGUGAAUGAAUAUUCCAUGCAGCGAGAAAAAAGAAUAAAAACAUUUUUAGGGCAUGUGGAACAAAAAAGAGAACAGUUAUUAUCUAAGUUUGAGGAAAGAGUUACAUAUCCUUUGUUACAGUCCUCGUAACACUUGCUACUGACCUAUUACAUGGAAUAUGUUUUUGAGGCCCUUUUUGCAGCAAGUUAUACUUGCAGAUACGCAUACACAAACUGUGAUAAAAUAGACUUUAUGAAAGGAAGGUCCUCAUAAUUCCUUCUCAUUUUGUACACAGAAUGUGACAAUAUGCUGACAUAGAUUCAUUUUAUGUUGUGAAUCAUUAAAUUGAAUAUAGCUGCAGGUGCUGGUUACCAGUAUUUACAAGGUGGAAAUGAAUGGAGAGUAAACACAAGAUUUGAAAUAGUUCCAUAUUUUUAGCUUUUCAAUAAAAGAUGCACAAUGUAAACCAUACAGUGACUGCCAGUAUGUCACAUUUGUCAUAGUUGAUAUUUGUGUAGGAUUCAUCAGUAUUUUAGAGUAAUGAGAUGGGUGGCAUUGCAAAAUUUAGUACCUUUUUAUUUUUACUAGAUGUUCAAUAUUCUUUGUCUUUAAAUUUUUGCCAUUGUAGCAGAAUCUUACCAUACCACAAAGAAAAGAGGUGCUUAAUAAAGUUAAGCUUAUGGAAAUAAAUGGCUAUUACUCA